AGUAAGGUUAAAAUUAUAUAUAAAUCAUAUUUAACAUAAAAGACUUUAGAAUGGGUCGUCCGUCACGAAACAUGAAGCCACAAAUAAUAAGAAAUCCCAUAUAUUUUCCGUUGCAUGAAAUUUUGACAAAUGAUGCCCCAUUCAUGAAUGCUCUGGUACAGCUCACACAUACAGACGAAAAUGAUAACGAUCGAAUUCAGCUUUAUCACCAAGCAUUCGUAAACUUUUACAAUCAACUCAUCCAUAUCAUUCCACGUCCAAUGUGGCACCCGUUGCAUAUGAUCUUAGACGUUCAAGAUCUCAAUAGAGUUGUUGAUAAUGCCGAAGUUGGAAAUAGAGCUGCAGAGAAUUCUAGGCUUAACUCAAGUAGUAAUAUUAGUGCCGAAUGGGAUGAGAAUUCAAAUUUACAACAACAAUUCGUAGCAGGAGAGAGUUGUCCAAUGAAUUCAUUAGAAACUAGUGGUAUGAAAGAAAUUAAUGCUUCUUUAGAUAAUGUUACAACCGAGAGCACUCAAUAUGUUGAAGUACUGAACAAUGAAAACGAGAAUUUUGAUCAAGAUCUUGCUAGUUCAGAAAAACAACAACAUCAAAUGAGUAGCUCUGAAGUACAGAGUACUCAAAAGUUUGGUUGCGAAAGUCGAUUAGUUGAUAAAAACCACUAAGUUAACUAACAGUGUUGAAACUCAAUUUUGAUGUUCACAUUGUUGCAAAAAAUUAUGAACUAAUAACAAACAAUUACGAUGAAGGAAAUUAUGAGAUAAAAACUAUUGAAAACUUAUUCUCGAAAAGUCAUACAGAAAAACGAGUAAGAAAUGACACUCAUAUGCCCAUUUCAAAAGAAUUAAGCCACAGCAAUACCAUUCGAAACAGUAAAAAUUUUUAUGUGCAUGAAUUUGAAAAACAAUUCAGAGCCUUUACUCAUAAUGUCUAUGGUUCUAGUGAUUAAUAUUAGCAGAGUUGUUAUUCACAAGGGAACAGAAUAAGAUAUUGUAUAUUUUAAAAAUAUCCAAACAAAAAGUACUGAAGUACGACUUCUUCAUUAAAAAUAAAAAAUAUUUUUGUA